GGAUCGAGUUUGAGAACCCCUGGAUUAAUGGAUAAAUCCCCGUCCUCCCCUGUAAGACGAAGUGGCCUUGAAGAGCAGCCAAGUCAAAGCUCGACCGCACGGAAUUUGUCCUUGAGCGCCAUCUUGUGGCUAUUUAAAGAUAUUACAGAGACGAUUGUAAAUACGCACCACAUGAACUUGGACGGAGUUAAACGACCAAAAAUAACACGUUUUGAAAAGCGACUUAGCACCUCCGGUGAUCGACCCUGUUUCUUGACUUUCUUUUCUGUUUCUUGUGCCUUUCUUACUUUCUUCUGCCCCGCUUUGCCUUUAGUUCAGUGCCACCUGUCCAAUCUGAGAUCGGGUUUCGUCAGCGUGGAGGAUCGCACUUGCAACCAUCCAGUAACACAACGACACGCUGCCACGAUCUCUCUGGGGGAAGAGUAACCGUGAGUGGAGGAUUGAAGUUGUUGAUUUAAAUAGACCGUCGUGUGACUGACUGAACGCGAAACUCAAAUCAGCGGUCGCUCUUUCCCGUAAGUGACCAACGGCACUUUCACUUUCCGCUUUCAGUUUCGAUGUCUGUCUGUCGGCCAGUUUAGAGUCCCUUUCGCGAUGGCCGCAGCUAAGCCUUCGAUGUCCAUGGAUCAAUGCACCUGCUCGGUGUGUCUAGAGGUCCUGAGGGAGCCGGUCACCAUCCCGUGUGGGCACAGCUACUGCCUGAAGUGUAUUAAUCGCUACUGGAGCCAGACAGACCGACUGAAGAUCUACAGAUGUCCUCAGUGCAGGCGGGUGUUUAGCGUGAGGCCUGAGCUGAACAGAAACACCAUCUUAGCAGAACUGAUAGAGAAACUGAAGGAGGCGAAGGCCGACGUGAGCCCGUCUCACAAUUACACGGGACCUGACGGCGUGUGCUGCGAUGUUUGUCCGGGGAGGAAACUGAGAGCCGUGAAGACCUGCCUGACCUGCAUGGCCUCCUACUGUGAGGCUCACCUGCAGCCACACCGGCAGUCUGAAGCUCUGAAGAGACACAAGCUGGAGGAUCCGACUGGAAACCUGGAGGAGAAGCUCUGCCCCAAACACCAGAAAGUCCUUGAAAUGUUCUGUCGGACCGAUGAGAGCUGCGUGUGCUCCAUGUGUGCCGCCACUGAACAUAAGAGCCACGACACGGUGACACUGGACAUGGAGAGAGCCGAGAGACAGAGUCAGCUGAAAAAGAGAAAAGCUGAAAUGAAAAAGGAAGUUGAGGAGAAAGAGAAGAAACUGAGGGAGAUGAAGGACACCAUUGUGAGGAUUCAGAGCUCUGCAGAGACAGAAGUGCAGGAACUUGAAGAGACCUUCACGUCUAUACUUGAGUCCAUUAAAAGGCUGAGGUCAGACAUUGCAGAGGUCAUUCGAGAUUAUGAGCAGAAGAAAGUGAGAAAGGCUGAGGAGCUCAUGGAGCAGCUCGAGAAGGAGAUCGAGGAGAUUAAGAGGAGAGAUGCUGAGCUGGCCGAGCUUUCAAAGAUUGAUGAGCAUAUUCACUUCCUGAAGAAGUUGCCAUCUUUCUGCGACACUCCUAAGGAAGACACAUCUAACAUCGCUGCUAAUGGAGACUUUAUUCCCGAGACUCUGAGGAAAGACCUUUCUGAUCUGAAGAGGAGUCUGGAGGAGCUCAGUGGCUGGGAGUUUGUGAAGAGUGGUGAGGCUGAGGCUGAUGAUCCAUGUCAAGUCCUGCAGAAUCUGAGAAGUAGAAAUUACCUUUUAAAACACUCCUGUCCGCUCACCCUGGACCUCAACACAGCACACAGACGCCUCCGCCUGUCUCAAGGGAACAAAAAGGUGACACAUAAGGAGACGGAGACCCCGUAUCCUGAUCAUCCUGACAGAUUUGACUUUUGGCUCCAAGUUCUGUGCAGAGAGGCUCUGAGUGGGACUCGCUGCUACUGGGAGGCCGAGUGGAGUGGCGACGGGGUGGCGAUGGCAGUGACGUAUAGAGGAAUAAGCAGGAAAGGACGGAGUGAUGAGUGUGUGUUUGGAGUCAAUGAGAAGUCCUGGUGUUUGAUUUGCUCCGAGUCCAGUUAUUCUGUGCGCCACAAUAACCUGAAGACUCAAAUCAGCGCCCCCUACAGUCACAGAAUAGGCGUCUAUCUGGAUUGUCCUUCUGGGUCUCUGUCCUUUUAUAGCAUCUCAGACACCAUGACCCUCAUACACAAGUUCAAGACCUCCUUCACUGAGCCUCUCUAUCCGGCAUUUGGUUUUAACUUUAACUCCAGUGUGACAAUCUGCCCUGUCAGUCAUUUGGAGUACAUGAGGGCAGAAGUAAAGAAAAGAAUUCAGGAGAAAGAGAUGAAACUGGAGGAGAAGCAGCAGACAUUACAAAGCCUGGGGAUCGUUCAGAGUGUGAGGUCAGAGAUCCCCUUGGUGAGGUCAGAGAUCCCCUUGUCUAUGGCAGUUCAAAAAUUGAAGAAAGUGAGAAAGACUAGAGAGCUCAUUGAGCGACUGCAGAAGGAGAUCGAGGUGCUGAAGAAGCGAGAUGCUGAGCUGGGUGAGAGACCACAGGCAGACAACAACACCCACUUCCUCCAGAACUUCUUGUACUUCUGUGUUCCACCUGGAGAUGAAAACCCCACUGGGCUCCCCAAGACUCUACAGAAUCAGAGUCCAAAGGAGAAUGGCAACCAGGAGUUUCUGCAGAAAAAUAAGACCAACUCCCACCCGCUCAACUUGGACCCCAGCACAGCUAACAUAUGGCUUCAUCUGUCUGCGGGAAACAAGAAGGUGACAUUUGGGGAAGCAGUGUCCUCCUAUCCUGACCAUCCUGACAGAUUUGACUGGUGGUUCCAAGUUCUGUGCAAAGAGCCUCUGUGUGGGACCCACUGUUACUGGGAGGUCGAGUGGAGUGGAGAGAAGGUCGAGAUUGGAGUCGCAUAUAAAGGAAUCAGCAGGAAAGGAUAUAAAAUGAAUAAGACGUACCUGGGGAACUGCAUCCACAUUGUAUCAUAUGAUGGGUCACUAGAGAACAGAGCAGCUCAACUCCCAGCGUCUGUGGAUCAGCACGCCUGCUCAGCGUGUCUGGUGGUCCUGCAGGAUCUCGUAGCUAUCCCAUGUGGUCACAGCUUCUGUAUGGCUUGUAUAAAUGUCUACUGGAAACAGUCUGGCACAGAGGGGAUUUACACCUGUCACCAGUGCAGGCAAACCUUUGCUAUGAAGCCUCCACUUAACAGGAACGUUGCUUUGGCUGAAGUUACGGCCACAUUAAAAGGAGUGCUGGUGAGUGAAGCUCCAUCUCAGAGUUAUGCAGGACCUGAUGUUGUGCCCUGUGAUGUGUGCACUGGCAGAAAACUGAGAGCAGAGAAGACCUGCAGCUCCUGCAUGGCCUCCUACUGCGAGUCUCACCUGCAGCCACACAUGGAAUCUGAAGAUCUAAAGACGCACAAACUGGAGGAGCCGUCUGGAAGCUUCAAAGACAAGCUAUGCACAAAACACCAGAAAGUUCUGGAAAGCUUCUGCAGAACAGACGAGACCUGUGUCUGCUUACUGUGCGAGGAGGCUGAACAUAAUGGCCAUGAGAUGGUGACACCUGAUAUGGAGAGAGCUGUCAGACAGAGUCUACUGGAAAACAGGAAGGUUGAAAUGAAAAAGAGAAUCGAGGAGAAAGAGAAGAAAUUGGAGGAGAUGAAGGAGACGGUAGUGAGAAUUCAGAGCUCAGCAAAGAGAGAAGUGCAAGAACUUGAGGAGUCCUUCACGUCUCUCCUUCAGUCCAUUGAAAAGCUAAGGUCAGAGAUCAGCUCUUUGAUCACAGAUUAUGAGUGGAGGGAAGUGAGAAAGGCUCAAGAUUUCAUGGGACGACUGGAGAAGGAGAUCAAGGAACUGAAGAGGAGAGAAGCUGAACUGUCCGAGUUCUCAAAGACAGACAACCACAUCUAUUUCCUAAAGAGAUUCCCAUCAAUCUUUUCCAUCUCUGAAGAUGAAGAUGCACCCAACAUCGCCGUUAACAGUGACUUCCUUCCUGAUACUCUGAAGAAGGACCUAUCUGACCUGAAGAAGACUCUGGAGGAGAUCAGCGACUGGGAGUUUAUGCAGACCAGUGAGACCGACUCCCGUCCGCUAACCCUGGAUCUCAAUACAGUAAACAAGUGGCUUCACUUCUCGGAAGACAACAAAAUGGUGACAAACAAGAGGACAGUGACCCAGUACCCUGAUCAUCCUGACAGAUUUGACUGUCGGUCCCAAGUCCUGUGCGGAGAGGCUCUGAGUGGCACUCGCUGUUACUGGGAGGCUGAGUGGAGUGGAGAAGGGGCGACAGUUGGAGUUGCAUAUGAAGGAAUCAGCAGGAAAGGAUGGAAAUAUGAAUGUCUCCUUGGACGCAAUGACAUGUCCUGGAGUUUGUCCUGCUCCGAUUCCCAUUACUCUGUGUGGUACAAUAACAUGAAGACUGAAAUCUGUGCCCCCUGCAGUCACAGAAUUGCAGCUAAACCUUCUCUGUCUGUGGCUCAGUAUGACUGCUCGUUGUGUCUGGAUGUCCUGAAGAAGCCGGUCACCAUCCCGUGUGGGCACAGCUACUGUCUGCACUGUAUCAAUGACUACUGGGACAAGUUGGACGCACAGGGGAUCUACAACCGUCCUCAGUGCAGACUGGACUUUGAACCCAGGCCAAGCCUUUACAUAAAUACAACACUUGAAGGCCUGAUAGAAAAAGUGAAGCAAAUGCAAGUCAACAUCGUUCAGUCUCAGAGUUACGCCGGACCUGAUGACGUGUCCUGUGAUGUUUGUCCAGAGAGAAAACUGAAAGCUUUGAAGACCUGCCUGACCUGCUUGGUCUCUUAUUGCGGGAUUCACCUGCAGCCUCACCAGGAGUCUGAAGCCCUGAAGAGACACAAACUGAUGGAGCCGACUGGAAACUUCCAAGAGAAUCUCUGUUGGAAACACAAGAAAAUGCUGGAAAUCUUCUGUAGGAGCGACAAGCUCUGCGUCUGCUCAAUGUGUGCGGCGACUGAGCACAAGACUCAUGACAUAGUGACGAUCGAUGAGGAGAGAGCUGGGAGACAGAGUGAGCUAGAGGAAAGAAUGGAGGAAAUGAAGAAGAGAAUUGAGGAGAAAGAGAAGAAACUUGAGGAGAUGAAGGAAACCAUAAAGAUGAUUCAGACCUCCACAGAGAGAGAAGUGCAAGAACAGGAGAAGGCCUUCAAAUGUCUGCUUAAGUCCAUUGAGGGGCUGAGGUCAGAUGUCAUUGGUUUGAUUCGUAGUUACGAGCAGAAGGAAAUUAAAAGGAUUGAAGAGCUCAUCGAGGAACUAGAGAAAGAGAUUGAAAUGCUGAAAGGAAGAGACAUUGAGCUGGCCAACCUUUCAAAGACAGACGACCACAUCCACUUCCUAAAGAGGUUCCCAUCUCUGUGUGUUCCUCUUGAAGAUGGAGGCAUAUCCCACUUUACUGUUAAAGAAGACUUGCUUCCAGAGAACCUGAAAAAGGAACUGACUGAUCUGAAAGAGCAUUUGGAGCAGAUCAGCAGCUGGGAGUUUGUGAAGACCACAGAAACUGAUUGUGACCCUCCAGAUUAUAUUCUGCAGAACCUGAGAAGUAGAAAUUACUUAUUAAAAUACUCCUGUCCACUCACAUUGGACCCCAACACGGCAAACAGAUACCUUCUCUUUUCUGAUGGGGACAUGAAGGUGACGUAUGAGACGACGGAGUCCCCGUACCCUGAGCAUCCUGACAGAUUUGACUACUGGCCGCAGGUUCUGUGCAGGGAGGCUCUGAGUGGGACUCGCUGCUACAGGGAGCUCCAGUGGAGUGGCAACUGGGUUGUGAUAGGAGUGACCUACAAAGGAAUUAGCAGGAAAGGGAACAGCGAGGAGAGUCUGCUUGGGUUCAAUGAGAAGUCCUGGCGAUUGUUCUGCUCCGAUUACGGUUAUUUUGCACGUCAUGGUGACAAAGUUACUGAAAUUGAGGUUGCUAGCAGUCACAGAAUUGCCAUGUAUCUGGACUGUCCUGCUGGCUUUCUGUCAUUUUAUAGCAUCUCAGACUCUAUGACCCUCCUGCACAAGUUCCAGGUAACCUUUAGUGAACCAGUACAUCUGGGCUUUGGGGUCGGACCAAACUCUAGCCUUUCAAUCUGAAACACAAAAUUAUCAUUCUUCCUGUCACCUUUAUGGCUGAGUGGUGGCUCUGAGGCUAAGGAUUUGCACUUGUAAUUUAAAGGUUGAAGGUUUGAAUCCCGUAAACGCCAAAAGUGACUCUACUUC